AUAACCAACCUAAAAUACAAUAAAAAAAUACCCCACUAUCCACUUUGUUAUAGAUGGACAGUCGCACUGCUACAUUACUUAGUUUUUGGUGAUGUUUUUCGCCAAAAGCUCCGACUCAUACAGGCUUUACAGUUGUUGGACUACAAACUGCGUGUGACGUCAUCUCCCUUCGCCUCAUCGCUUGACAAACAUUCAAAACUGUUGGCGGUGAAAUUGUGACUGCUGUGUUCACUGCAAUGGCCCCUCACAAAUUUGUCAUUAAGUGUGGGAACUUUGCUGUGCUGGUGGAUCUCCACGUUCUGCCCCUGGGCGGCCAAGAGGACGCCAGCUGGUUUACUACGGACCACAUCGAGGAGGUUACUGCCCUGGUUCGAGAUUCUGUUGACCAGAGGGUUAAGCAGUACACAGUGUCCCACCACAAUAAAAGGCAGCCCAAACAGAAGAAGGAGCUGCCACCUGCAUCAGCCUUUUUUGUGAAAGGAAAAUACUUUAACCUGGUCGCCAAUUUUCUGAAACGACACGUCAACCUCAGAUGUAUCGUCAAGCAGCUCUAUGGCGAUUUGCGUGUGUUUCCUGAACGCUAUGUUGUGUGUGUGAGCUGUCCAGAGGAUGCCUCAGCGCACCAUGGAAACCCGAGCCUGGCCGCGACUGAUCUGAGUGAACAAAGCCGAUCGGAAUAUUUUUCCAGAGUGGGAGAAACCCAAGAGCCUUUAAACAGCUCCACAAAAACAAAGAAGACUGCGCUUCAAAAGAUAGCCAAACAAGCUAGUGUCCGGCGAGAGCUCUGUGAUUCCAGUAUCGGGGAGCAGCAGAUUGACCAGAGGGACUGUCCUAAAAAGCAAGCAGGGGAACUUAAAGCGAGAGAGUCAGAAUCAAACCCAGAGAAGACAGUGUCCAGCUCUGGACAGAAGGCAGACUACGGGGGGCCUUGCCCCAGUGCCUUAAAUGAAGCUCAGAUUGGGACUAGUCAAAAGCAGGGCCUGACCCAGAAGCAGCAGACUGAGAACAGUCGUCCAGACAGCAUCAACCCAAAUGGGGCCUCAGUAGUUUUCUGCCAACAUGAAAUCAGUCAGGAGACAAGAAAGAGCAAGAGGUGCAAGCCAAGCGAUGCAGGGGAAGACCCUCACCCACAGAGGGCCAAGAGGACGUGCCUUGGAGGACCUCCAGCCACAAUGCAAACUCACUCCACCGAGUGCUCCACACAAACAUCCAAGCAUGACCUUCUUCCUCUGCCGCCCCUUCCUCUUGUCGAAGCCAAAGCAGAGUCCAAGGCUUUCCCAGUCUCAGAGCGCAAGAAAACCACACUGGAAGUAGAGCUGCUUACUCCAGGGAAACGGGCCCAGAGGCUCCCCCUCACAAGCAAUAACACGGCACAGACAAACCAAAACAGGCUGGCCGCAAGUCUGAGGGGCCUAUCUGUCAAGCCUGCAUCCUCAGGCUCCUCUAUUAGUUCCAGAUCCACACUCGGAGAGGAGGGGAGUGAAAAUGUGCCCAGAACCUCGAGAUUACGGCGACUGAAGAGGUCCUGAGGGGGGAGAGACAAGCUACAGUAAAGAUGCCUGACGCCACGGAGAUAGAGAUGAUAUUGUGUCAGGCUACCUCACAUGACAUGCAUUUGUACACGUGUCACAUUUUACUACAAUAUCUAUUCUUUUCACAUGUGCUGUACAUACACACAAACACACACACACACGAAAUGCCGAACACAUUGUGGCAAUUGAUACAUGAGUUACGCUUUUUGUCAAAUACUUGAAACAGACUUUGCCUCCACCCAUAAGUAGUGGUGGUCAAGAGAGGCUCGCAAAUGAAAGUCAAAAACCUUUAAUUGGAGUUUAGAUUUGGUUUUGUGUUAAAGAUUGGGGAUUUCAGACAGGCAGGAGCCAUGCAGUACGUCAUGGCUUUCAGUCUGAAAUACUGGCUCCUACGUGUCUGAAAACUGUCCAGUUUCCCCCGCUGAAGCUCUGCUGUGAUUGAUUGCUGUUUCCAGAUUUAUUUCAUCACCCCAUUCUCAAAAAUGUACUUAUGUAGUUAGAUUUCAUUCAUACACAAUUUGCUCAACGCUUAGUUGCUAAGCACCUGAAAUGUAUCUUUAAAUUUGAGGGUUUUAUGCAGCUUUUAUAUUGAAUUUGAACCAACUGUGUGGGUAUAUGAGCAGUAUUGAAAUAUUAGUGGUUUUAUUUGGGAGUUGCAGGAUGUCUAGAGUGUCACAGAUUAAAAUGUAGCUGCUGCAGACAGGGCUGUUUGGAUCACUCAGUUGGCUGUAACCCAGGUAGAGCAUGGAGCAACAAGGGGCCAACAGUCACUCAUACCCCCAUGUAAAGCCUUGAUGACAUAAUGUUGCAUUUGAAUUCUUACUCUGAUGUAUUUUUGUUUCACCGGAAAGACAUUUUAUGAUAUAAAUAAAUGUUUUUCCCAGGAAAAAAACAUCUGAAUCUUUUGUGAAAAUAUGCAUAAACAUUGAUAAUUCUCUGGAAGCAGUCAGCAUAAAAUAAUAUUUAGAUCUCUGCACAUUGUUUUCCUCCCACGUUCCACACUGACUGAUGCUUGUGGC